AUGCCAAAUCCGAGGUUACAGCUCCAUGGGGGAAGUUCAUCCAAUGCUGUACAGGGGCAAGAACAUGUUCAAGCCAUUGUUUCACAUAGGUCAGGGAGACAAGUGGACAACCAAGUGGUUCUUCCUGCAGAGAACCAUGUUGCACAACAAGAGCAAGGAAGUGGCAGCACAAAGGAAAAAGAUGCGGAGCCAUCUACAACCACUAUGGAGACCCCUCCUAGGUCGUUUAUACCUAAGUUGCCUUACCCUGACAGAUUACUUGCGCCCAAGAAAGGAGGGAAGUUCGAGGACAUUCUAGAGGUGCUGUCUUAUGCCAAGUUCUUGAAGGACUUGAUUACUGUUAAGAGGAAGACUAAUGUCCCGAAGAACCUGCCCAUCAAGCACAAGGACCUUGGAUGUCCAACCAUCUCUUGCAUGAUAGGAGUUAACCACAUAGAGAAGGCUCUGCUAGAUCUUGGAGCAAGUGUCAAUCUCCUACCCUAUUUAGUCUACCUGCAAUUGGGGUUGGGAGAAUUGAAGCCUACCUCUAUGACGCUCCAAUUGGCUGAUCGGUCAGUGAAGGUACCACGGGGAAUCAUCGAGGAUGUUUUGAUUAAGGUGGACAAAUUCUAUUUCCCAGUGGAUUUUAUAGUGCUAGACACAGAGCCGGUCCAGAAUGUAGGGAUUCAAAUACCGGUGAUUCUAGGGCGACCCUUCUUAGCUACGGCUAACGCCCUCAUCAAUUGUAGAACAAGGGCCAUGAAGAUCUCUUUUGGCAACAUGACAGUGGAGCUGAACAUCUUCGACAUUAGCAAACAGCCAUUAGAGACUACUGAGAUUGGAAGUGCAUACUUGAUUGAGGAGAUCAUCGAAGAUACUAUUGAUGAAACAAGCAUAGAAGACCUCCCUCCUAGAGGCAUGCUUUGCUCAAUUUGGAGAAGAUUUGGAUUUGGAUAA